CUGGCCUGCCACGUGGCAUGGGCUGGGUGACAGCUGGUAACAUGCAGAGUGUUGAACAUUUUUGCUGCUGUUUUGGAAGUGUUGAUGUGGGAGUGUGGCACUACAAACUGCUUUCCAUGUGUAUCGUGGAGCAUUUAUAGCAGCUUCCACAGCUCUUGCCAUGGUGGAUCUUUGCUUCAUCUCAUCAGAGAUAAUUUUUAAGGGCAAUUGAAGAGAUGGGUUUCAUCUGGUUCUAUUCUUCCGCAUCUUGUGCUCCUGCAUGAUCAGUCUGGAUAGAGAUGGCGUGUCCUGUUAUCACACAUGGCUUAUUGUGGUGUCUGGAUGUGCCCACCAAACAUCCACAUCUACAGAGUUGCCCUGCUCUGGUUUUCUGGUCCUGAAAUUGUGCAUAGGUAACAUUUUGAGUGCACUUGUGCUUUUGGUGUGAUCUCUUGAAGAAGAUCUGUGGGGGUUGGGAUCAGUGUUGUUCACGAGUCUAAUCACAGAACAUUUAAGAACUCGGUUUGUAUCUGCUAUUGCUGAAAAGGCACAAAGCAUCCUGGCAUGAGGGGAAAGUCAGAGUCAGAGAAUGGAUUUGGAGCAGUCUGUAUAUUUGUGCCAGCCAUGGGGGAAAGGAGAGAAUUUGAAUACAUCUUUGGGGUUUGGGGAGGGAAUAGAGACUUUCUGCUUAACUGUGGAGAUCCCAGUUCCCAGGGUGUAAGAUACAGGAUCACAAUAGAAUAUCGGGAGGGGGAUCCCACCAUACAGUGCUGCUCUUCUGGUAUCCUACGAGGGCGUCCAGAAGUUCUGCAUAUCUUAGGGUACUUUUGUUCUUUCUGGUAUUGCUGCUUGUGAAGACAUCUGCCCUGCGUGCCUUUAAUUACUUGGUUUUGAUGUGGAAUAUUGUUUGUCAAUGAGAAGCUUUUUAAAAUUUGGGUCAUGCUGCCGUGGCUUCUUUGAACACUUCCCCAUAAGGGAAGAGGAAUGAGAGCUUUUUCCAAAGAAUAUGUUCCAACACCACAUGAAGGAUUUUGAAGUGAUUGGAAGACAGUUCCUUUUUUGGUAAGGAAAAGUGAACAGAGUGUGGAAAUGGAAGUAAAUUGAAAGCUAUAAGAGUGCAGAGAAGGAAGCAGGAUGGAUAAAAAAAAAUAGAAGAAAGAAUAAAGUAAAAGAAGAAGAGAGAGAGAAACGGACAACAUAUAACUGGGUUUACUGGCAUGUUACCGAAACUACCCCUAUACACAAAAAUGGAAGAAGGCAACAAAUGAAAGAAAAUAAGAAGGAAAGGAAUAACAGAAAGAAAACUGGAAAGAAUAUGCUACUAAAUAAUGGCACUAUGAGGUAAUUAAGAAUGGAAGAUGACAAAGAGAAGAAAUUUAAAACAGGAUUACUCACGGACGUUGCCUCAAAGUGCUGGUUGGAGCUGGUUGUCAACCGGUUCUGCCUCGGUUAGAAUACUGCGUUCCAGUGCUGAUUCCACAUAAUUAAAGUUGGUGGAUCCGAAUAAUUUUGUUUGCAGAGUGCCGCCGGAUGCGGCUGGCGAGGUACCAGAAGGGAUGAGACGAGAUCAUCGGAAAAGGUCCAAAGGAUAAAGUAUAAAGGCGCAGUGUAAGAAGAAAAAGCAGAGGAGAUGGCCAUGAAGGCAGAGGACACACAGGCUCUGUGUCGGGGCGUGUGAGGCGGCGGAGCAGCGCACGGUGUCGCUGCAGGCUCAGGAACGGCGUGUGGGCGGCUCCGCCCCGGUGCGGCGGAGAGCCCGGCUGUGAGCGCGGGGGGGCGGCGCGGGCCGGGCAGCAGCGCCGGUGCGACCGGGCGGCGGCGGGGAGCCGUGCGGGGCCCGGGCCGGGGCCGGCGGGCAGAGCGGCGGGCAGAGCGGCGGCGGUAGGGAUGGAGGAGCGCUGUUGCGCGGCGGUGAUGCGGGUGCUGGUGCUGCAGGCGGCCUGGGCGCUGGCGGGCGGGCAGGUGCGCUACUCGGUGCCGGAGGAAGCCAAGGCCGGCACGGUGGUGGGCCGUCUGGCGCAGGACCUGGGCCUGGAGGCGGGCGAGGCGGAGGCGCGGCGGCUGCGGCUGGUGGCGCAGGGCCGGCGGGCGAGCGUGGAGGUGAGCGGGGCGAGCGGCGCGCUGCUGGUGAGCUCGCGGCUCGACCGGGAGGAGCUGUGCGGCAAGAGCGCGCCGUGCGCGCUGCGCCUGGAGGUGCUGCUGGAGCGGCCGCUGCGCGUCUUCCAUGUGGAGCUGGAGGUCACCGACAUCAACGACAAUGCCCCCAUCUUCCCCGCCGCCCGCAAAAACCUCAGCAUCGCGGAAUCCUCUGUGCCGGGGUCUCGUUUCCCGCUGGAGGGCGCGUCGGAUGCGGAUAUCGGAGCGAACGCGCAGCUUUCCUAUACACUCAGCUCCAGCGAACAUUUUAGACUAGAAGAAGAAAACAGUAAUUCUCGCAGUAAAUCCCUUUUUUUGGUACUCACGAAAGCAUUGGACCGCGAGACGAUUCCCGUUCACCGGUUGGUGCUGACAGCGAGUGACGGUGGCCGGCCGUCUCUGACGGGGACAAUGGAGCUGGUAAUCUCGGUGCUGGAUGCGAACGACAACGCGCCCCAGUUCAACCAGUCCGUGUAUAAUGUAUAUUUGUCCGAGAAUGCCAUACAAGGUACAAUAGUGGCAAGGAUGAACGCCACGGACCUGGACGAAGGAAGUAAUAGAGAUGUGAAAUAUGAAAUCGAUACAAUUGUUCCCCCCCGUGCCUCAGAUUUAGUCAGCAUUGAUGCGAACACAGGGGAGAUCAGACUGACGGGCGUACUGGACUUUGAGGAAAUUAAUUUAUACGACCUAAAUGUUAAGGCAACAGAUAAAGGGACACCCCCACUGUCGGGUCACUGCAAGGUGGUGGUGGAGGUGGUGGACGUGAACGACAACGCGCCGGAGGUGUGGGUGACGUCGCUGUCGGUGCCGGUGUCGGAGGACGCGUCGGUGGGGACGGUGGUGGCCCUGCUGAGCGUGUCGGACCGGGACUCGGGGGAGAACGGUCGCGUGCGGUGCUGGGUGUGGCCGGCGUCGCCGUUCGGUCUGGAGGCGACGUUCGCGGGCUCGUACUCGCUGGUGCUGCGCGAGGCGCUGGACCGGGAGCGGGUGUCGGAGUACGAGGUGGAGGUGCGUGCGGAGGACGGCGGGGCGCCGGCGCUGGGCGCCCGGCGCGGGCUGCGGGUGCCGGUGUCGGACGUGAACGACAACGCGCCCGCGUUCGCGCAGGCCGUGUACACGGUGCUGGCGCGGGAGAACAACGCGGCGGGCGCGGAGCUGGCGCGGCUGUGGGCGCGGGACCCGGACGAGGCGGGCAACGGGCGCGUCAGCUACUCGGUGUGGGAGGGCGGCGCGGGCGGCGGCGGCGGGUGGCGGGCGGCGUCGAGCUACGUGUCGGUGGACGCGGAGAGCGGGCGUCUGUGGGCGCUGCAGCCGCUGGACUACGAGGAGCUGCAGGUGCUGCAGUUCGAGGUGCGCGCGGUGGACGCGGGGGAGCCGCCGCUGUGGGGCAACGCCACGGUGCAGCUCUUCGUGCUGGACGAGAACGACAACGCGCCGGCGCUGCUGCCGCCCGCGGGUCCGGCACCGGAGGCGGGCGCCGCGGCGGCCGAGGCGGGGGCGGCGGGGGCGGGGGCGGUCUCGGUGUGGGAGCCGGGCACGCUGUGGGCGUGGGCGACGUGGGGGGCGCCGGCGGGGCAGGUGGUGGCGAAGAUCCGCGCCGUGGACGCGGACUCGGGCUACAACGCGUGGCUGCGCUACGAGCUGUGGGAGCCGCGGGGCAAGGGCCCGUUCCGCGUGGGGCUCUACAGCGGCGAGGUGAGCACGGCGCGGGCGCUGGACGAGGCGGACGGGCCUCGGCAGAGGCUGCUGAUCGUCGUGCGCGACCACGGCGAGCCGGCGCGCUCGGCCACGGCCACGCUCAGCGUGUCGCUGGUGGAGGCCGCCGAGGCGGCGCUGGCCGCGGCCGCGGGAUCCUCGGCGUCGUCGUCGGUGUCGCGGUCGGCGGCGGGCGUGGAGCCGGGGCCCGGCGGCGCGGCGAGCGCGGCGACCAACGUGUGGCUGGUGGUGGCCAUCUGCGCGGUGGCGAGCCUGUUCCUGCUGGCCGUGGUGCUGUACGUGGCGUCGCGCUGGGCGCCGCGGGCGGCCGUGCUCUCGGGGCCCGGGCCCACGACGCUCGUGUGCGCCAGCGAAGUGGGCAGCUGGUCGUACUCGCAGCGCCACAGCCGCAGCCUGUGCGUGGCGGACGGCGCGGCCAAGAGCGACCUCAUGGUUUUCAGCCCCAACUUCCCUCCGCCGCCGCCCGGCCCCGCGCCCAAGGACACGCAGCCGGAGCCCUCCGCGCUCCUCGACACGGUCAGUGGCGAUACCCUGCUCGCUUCUAUUCUGUCCCCUUUUGCAGCUUGUCUCUCGUUCCAUUAGCUGCUUUGUUAGCCGGUCUCCGCCUCCGCAGCCUGAAGGCGACGGGUGCUUUGGUGUGUUAAUUUCACCAUUGUACUUGCUGCCUCGUCCUUGCAGAGGGAAGGUGUUUCUGUAACCCCUUGUGGUACGCACCUGAAAUUUACUGCUGUGGAUAUUGCUGUGGAAUUGUUCUGCCCUAGGAUGAAUCCUCUGCUGGUUGCAAUGAGAGCUGUCCUGUCAUGCCGCGAUGUUUCAGUUUUGGAGAGAACGUUCCUUCUUGCUGGUUGUGUGGGUUUCCACGAGCUUGCUAAAUGUGUGCAGGACAGGCUGUGGUGGUGACAGUCUGUCAGGUGCUGUGUAUCUCCUCACUGCCUUUGUUGACUGCUGACCUGUGGUUUCUUCCCUGGCCUCAUGUUCUCUCAUUUGUUCUCUACAAGAGAUGCAAGGCAAGGUGAUAAUUUGGACUUGUGUCCUAAUGUCAUUAUGGAGGCUGGGAAGGCUUUGUGGCCUUUUCAUGUUUUGUUUCCCAUACAGUUACUGUUUGCUGUAGUUAUAAUUUGCUAUCCUGGCUGGAGAGGUAGUUUGAUGGUCACUGACCUCUUUUUGUAUGAUUUUUCAAUAUAUAGAUUUGGAACACCUUUUAAAGUUCCCUGUAAAUCCUUUUCUAAAUAACAAUGGCUAUAAAAAAAUCCUGCAACCAAUUUCUUGUACAUGGUGGAUGGCCACUGUCAGUGUCCAUUUCCACGAGAGCUGUCCCAACAUGACUGCUACAGUAAAUAUUGGUCUUAGAUCUCAGAACAAGAUGACCCUCUAGAGUCUUCCAGACCGUGUAUAUGAUGCCAUCUGUGGGGAUUUCGCAGUGCUUUCAUUGCUGGGAAGGUGAGCAAAAGUCUAAUUGACCCCUGAGGUAAGAAAGGAAAUUGUGCCUUGCCACAGAGGUGAAUGUGGCAGUGACACUGAGCAGGUCCUGGCCAUGUCCUGGUUUGAAAGGUGACUUUGAGCACUGGGAAGCCUCCUCUGAGGGAACCUGAAAUCAUUCGUAACACAAUAGGUCAUAUCAUAGGAGGACUGGAAUGGGAAUGAUAUCCUUUUCUGGAGAAUAAUUGUUACAGACUGGGGGAUGGAGGAUGCUUAGAGGAAAGCAGGAGGCAGGAUGGGCCCAGAGUGUUUCUGCCCAGGAUCGUUUCUAUGUUCCAAGAGUCUGGUGUUGCAAUUCUUCUGCAUCAUGAGAUAAUAUCUGGUAUUGAAAUGGCCACAGAGUUCUUUGAAGUUAUGAAUAUCUCCCAUCAGAGACAGUCCCUUGUGCUGCCUCUGGCCUGUCAUGUGUCAUGUGGAAACUGGGUGAGAGUUGGUAACAUGAAGAGUGAUGAACAAUUUUGCUGCUGUUUUGGGAGUAUUGUUGUGGGAUGGUGGCACUACAAACUGCUUUCCAUGUGUAUCGUGGAGCAUUUAUAGCAGCUUCCGCAGCUCUUGCCAUGGUGGAUCUCUGCUUCAUCUCAUCAGAGAUAAUUUUAAGGGCAACUGAAGAGAUGGGUUUAAUCUGGUGCUAUUCUUCCCCUUCUUAUGCUCCUGAAUGGUCAGUCUGGGUAGAGACGGCGUGUCCUGUUAUCACACAUGGCUUAUUCUGGUGUCUGCAUGUGCCCACCAAACCUCCACAUCUACAGAGCAGCCCAACGCUGGUUUUGUAGUCUUGAGAUUUUCUCACGUAGUUAACAUUUUGAGUGCACUUGUGCUUUUGGUGUGAUCUCCUGAAGAAGAUCUGUGGGGAUUUGGAUCAGUAUUGUUCAUUUUUCUAAUUACAGAACAUUUAAGAACUCGGUUUGUAUCUGCUAUUGCUGAAAAGGCACAAAGCAUCCUGGCAUGACGGAAAAGUCAAAGUGUCACAGAAUGGACUUGGAGCACUCUGUGUAUUUGUGCCAGCCAUGGGGGAAAGGAGAGAAUUUUUGUAUGUCUUUGGGUUUGGGGAGGGAAUAGAGACUUUCUGCUUAACUGUGGAGAUCCCAGUUCCCAGGGUGUAAGAUACAGGAUCACAAUAGUAUCUCGUGAGGAUGAUUCCACCAUACAGUGCUGCUCUUCUGGAAUCCUAUCAGGUCGUCCAGAAGUUCUGCAUAACUUAGGGUACUGUUGUGCUUUCUGGUAUUGCUGCUUGAAAAGACAUCUGCCCUGUGUGCCUUUAAUUACUUGGUUUUGAUGUGGAAUAUGAUUUUUCCUAUAAGAAACUUUUUGAAAUUUGGGUCAUGCUGCUGAGAGUUGUCUGAACACUUCUUUGAAAUCAGAAGGGAAGAGGAAUGGAGGUCUUUCUAAAGAAUAUGCUGCUACCCGAUAUCAAAAAUUUUGAAGAUAUGGUAAGACAAUUCCCUUUUUGGUAAGGGAAAAGUGAACAGAGGGAGGAAAUGGAAGUAAAUUGAAAGCUAGAAGAGUGCAGAGAAGGAAGCAGGAUGCAUAUAGAAAAAGAGAGAAGAAAGUAAUAGUAGAAGAGAGAGAGAAACGGACAGCCUAUAAAUGGGUUUACUGCCAUAUCACCGAUACUACCAGUACACAAAAGAACAGAAGAAGGCAACAAAGGAGAGAAAGAAAGAAGGAAAGAAAGAAGAUAAAGAAAACCAGACAAAACAUGCUACGAAAUAAUGGCACAAUGAGGUAAUUAAGAA